ACAGCUCUAAUAAUACGAGAUGUUUGAAUCACAUGCCUUUUUUUUCCACUAGCGACUUUAAGUUUUGUUUGACCCUAUGGACGCCCCGUAGCGUAUCUAGGAACUGUUACUAUGAGAAACCAGAAGAUGGAAAGCAAUGCCAGGAUUUGAAGCCGUUUGUUAACUAGCUAGCUAGCUUUGUCAGCAGAACUUGCAUUAUCUUUAAGAACAUUAAACGAUCAAUGGCUCUACCUACGCUCUCAUCCCGGUGGCCGAGUCGAGCCCGUUCACUGGAAAGACAGCUGGCGCGGCAGCGGGAGCAGGAGGCCCGUUGUCGGCAGCAGUGGGAACUGCAUUCGCAGUAUUUCAGAGAGCAGAACGUUCGCAGCAGUAAACAAGCCGAGUGGAGCUCUCGUCAAUCUUACCAGCAGAGCAUGUCGGCAUACCAUCGAGACAGACUGAAAGAGGAGAAGAGGUCGAGCCUGGAGAGGCGCAGGGAACGUCUGAAGGUCCUGCUGCAGGAUGAGACCGACCAGCUCGAGGAAGAGCUUCGGAAGAUGGUCCCAGACACGAGCGCCUUGGCGAGGCUGCUGGUGGAGAAGACGGAAGACCUCCGCACGGCUCGAGAGGAACGAAGAAAGAGACUUGCACAAGAGCUGCUUAAAGAGCACUGGAAGAAGAACAACUCUGAACUGAGGAAGGUCGAGUCAGAAUUACACAAAGAUCAUGUGGUGAGCCGCUGGCAGGAACAGACGAGUGAGAAGCUACAGCAAGAGGCUGCGGAGCGGGAGGAGAAGAGGCGCUUUGAGAACGAGUACGAGCGGACGCGCCGGGAGGCCCUGGAGAGGAUGAGGAAGGCGGAGGAGCGGAGGAAGGCGGAGGAGCGGGAGAGGGCAGAGGAGCUCCGGAGACAGAUGGAGGAACUGAAGCUGAGAGAGGAGGAGGCCAGCCGUCUUAAGAAGGAGCACGAGGUGCUGCUGUCUCAGAGCUGGGAGCUGGAGAGACUGGAGGAGGAGAGGAAGAGGGUGGAGGAAUGCCGGAAGAAAACUGAAAUGGGGCGUUUCCUGGUCCGCCAGUACCGUGCUCAGCUGAAGAAGAGGGCCCAGCAGGUCCAGGAGGAACUGGAGGCGGACCGCAGGAUCCUGGCGACCCUGCUGGAGGGGGAGCAGGACGACCACCUGCAGGAGAGCGCCCGGAGGGAGAGGGCCGUGGCCGACGCCGCCUGGAUGAAGCACGUGAUCGAAGAGCAGCUAGUGCUGGAGAGGCAGAGGGAGGCAGAGUUUGAUGUUCUGUACAGGGAGGAGGCCCAGCGCGUGUGGGAGAAGAGGGAGGCAGAGUGGGAGAAGGAGAGCAGAGCCCGGGAGCGCCUCAUGCAGGAGGUCCUGGCGGGCAGGCAGCAGCAGCUGGAGCGGAAGGUGCAGCAGAACCGGGAGGAGCAGGAGGAGACCCUGAGGAGGCGCGAGGAGCUCAUCCAGGAGCUGGAGCUGGAGAGGAGGAGCGAGCAGCGGGGGAGGGAGGUGGAGGAGGGCCUCCGGACCGCCCGCAUGCAGGAGAUCGACGUGCAGGUGGAGGAGAGGCGGCGGGAGCAGUGGGAGGAGCAGAGCAGGAGGGAGCAGGAGGAGGAGGAGGGGAGGAGGGCCCAGGAGGAGCAGGAGGAGCAGCUGAGGCUGGAGACUAAGAGAAUGGCCCAGGAGGGAUACCAAGACAAGGUUCGGAGCAGACCUCGAUCCGCUUGGACUUAAGAGUGUGCAAGUUCAAAUGACGUUGCUAAUGGUAACAAUCAUCACGUUUUUUUUUUUUUUUUAAAGCUUGAUUUGUUCAUGUAAUCAGUCAAAACUCAAUCUUAGCCACUUCUGCUUUUAAGUGGGAACUCCAACUUUACAACUUAUAUGUCAACUUCCUUAAGUUGAUAAUGUUCGACUAUGUAUGUUUCAAUAUGGGUAAUGGUUAAUUGUCAAUAGAUUUUUUGUUUUUUUAUUCUUUUGUAAUGUGUUCAUAAUUAAAUGAUUCUAAACCCA